UAGUGUCGGAGAGCGACGACGUCGCGCGUCUCGACGCCUUUUCUCCCCUCUCCCUAACGAGAAAAAACAUUAUUAUUUUUUUCGGUCGAUUUUAUGAUUUUUAUUAGACGUGUACGCGACAACCUGUUUCCCGGAUAUACGGCUAGUAUAUUAGAGAAGGUUUUCUUGUUUUCGGAAGGAUGGUACGGAAAAUUAAAAGUGUCGCGGGUUAAAAUAUAAAAGGAUAAAUCGGGAAAAGUUAUGGUUAGGAACUGAUUUGUGCAUAUUUUUUUCUGUACCGGGGGGGAGGAGAGCGAGAAAUAAUCGAUAUUUCGCCUUAUAUAUGGUUUAAUACUGGAAAAUCGGGUCAAGUGAACUUGGGUUAUUAUUAAUCAUGAUGUUGGGAAAUUUUCAAGGUGAUGGCAGGAGGCCCGGAGAAAAAUUAAAAAUGACCACGCUAUAUCUAUGAACGGAGACGGAUGUGAUUCAUAUUCAAAAUGAAUAACACAAUAAUCAACAUGGACGCAGAAAACAGGGUGGUGCUGAAUGUCGGAGGAAUUCGGCACGAGACGUACAAGGCGACCCUAAAGAAAAUUCCCGCCACCCGACUUUCCCGUCUUACCGAAGCCUUGGCCAAUUACGACCCUGUACUCAACGAGUAUUUCUUCGAUAGGCAUCCAGGCGUAUUUGCGCAGGUUUUAAACUAUUAUAGGACAGGUAAGCUGCACUAUCCCUCGGACGUGUGCGGGCCAUUAUUCGAAGAAGAAUUGGAAUUUUGGGGUCUAGAUGCCAACCAAGUGGAGCCCUGCUGUUGGAUGACUUACACUCAACACAGGGAUACCCAAGAAACCUUAGCGGUGUUAGAUAGGUUAGAUUUAGAUACUGAAAAGCCGAGUGACGAGGAAAUAGCUAGGAAAUUCGGGUUUGAGGACGAUUAUUUUAAAGGGACCCUGUCGUGGUGGCAACUGACGAAACCGAAACUAUGGUCGUUGUUUGACGAGCCGUAUUCGUCGACGACAGCGAAAGUGAUAGGCGUCCUCUCGGUCUUUUUUAUUUGCGUGUCCAUUUUAUCGUUUUGUUUGAAAACCCAUCCAGAUAUGAAAGUGCCUGUUAUCAGUAGGGUUUUAGUGAGGACGGCGACGAACACGAGCGAUUACGUUCUGGAUAAAUCCGACACCGAUGCUCACGUCGCUUUUUUCUAUAUCGAGUGCAUUUGCAAUGCCUGGUUUACCAUUGAAAUCCUUAUUAGAUUUAUCGCCAGUCCAAACAAAUGCGAUUUUGUCCGUUCCUCGGUGAACAUAAUCGACUACAUAGCGACAGCGAGUUUCUACAUCGAUUUGUUACUAAGGAGGUUCGCCUCCCAUCUAGAAAACGCCGACAUCAUGGAGUUCUUUUCCAUAAUCAGGAUAAUGAGACUUUUCAAGUUGACCAGACACUCGUCUGGAUUGAAAAUCUUAAUACAGACCUUUCGGGCGUCCGCUAAGGAGUUGACCCUGCUGGUAUUCUUCCUGGUGCUCGGGAUCGUAAUCUUCGCCAGUUUGGUUUACUACGCCGAGCGGAUCCAGACUAAUCCAGACAACGACUUCAAGAGUAUCCCGUUAGGCUUAUGGUGGGCUCUAGUGACCAUGACCACCGUGGGGUAUGGAGAUAUGGUACCUAAAACCUACAUAGGGAUGUUCGUGGGUGCUCUUUGUGCCUUGGCGGGUGUACUGACGAUAGCUUUACCCGUGCCAGUAAUUGUAUCAAAUUUCGCAAUGUAUUAUAGUCACACACAGGCCCGAGCAAAGCUACCGAAGAAACGCCGAAGAGUUUUACCAGUAGAACCUACCAGGGGGCCGAGAAUUCCAGGACCAGCGGGACCGGGGGGACCUCCACCUCCGAUGUGCAACAACCCCCAAGGGCAGACUGCGGCACAAAACCGUAGGGUUAACGCCGUCAAAUCGAACCAUCCUAGCAGGGACAGUCUUUUGGGGGCACCUGUACCGAAAAUGGGACUGAUCGGGGUAACGGCGUCCCUCAAUCCAAACGGCGUUGGUCUCGAAUCAAAUCCAGCGUUUUUAAUGGCGAGACCCCAGUGUGACUCCAACAAAGGCAACACUGCGACCCCACAAGACACUAAAGUCACCUUCUCACCGGAUUCCAACCAGUGCAACACCGCUGUAGUCAAAUCUUAAGAAAAAAAGUGCAGUUACUUGACGCAUCCUGUAUAUGUAGCAAAAUUUUCAGGAAAAAACUUAUAAUAUAUUGGAAAUUUAUGUGCAAGUACUGCUGACAGUGGUUUGCACACCCUAUAUAAAAAUUACUUGAAGCUAGCGCCAUCUUGCGACUUCUCAGCAAAUUCCUGAGUCUACUGACUUUUCUUUUUUUUAGUUCAGAAGUGUGUUAUAGAUGGCGCUACCUUAAAUCUGAGCUAAACAAACGAAACAAGUAUUAUAAACAAUAUUAAAAUAAGAGUAAUAAAUAAAUAUGAAAAAGUUAGCAAUAAAGUAUAUUGAUCAAAGAGUAUAUCGCCAUAAAAUAAAUAUUUAAACAAUAUAUACAGAAGGUCUUUUUAAGAUCUCACGUAUAAUAAUGUAUUGCUUCAAUGAGACCAUAUCAAUAUGUUUAAAAAUUGGGGUUUUUUAUGGAUCACUAAGGAACGGUUUGUAACUUGUUGCUGAUAGGCUUUCCGUAAUUAGGCACACUUUCCUUUGGAUCUAAUUGGACCACAAAACGUUAUAAUAUGAAAAAUGGGCGGGUACAAUAUAAGCAGUAGCGUACCAACUUUAGUAAGGAAUUAGAAAUAUAUAUA